UCGCGACGCGUUCGCUUCGAGUUAAACCCCGUCAGCGGUGCAUUUGCCAUCCCCCGAGAUUGACAAACAAUAUAUAUAUAUAUAUAUACAUAUAUAUAACAAUAACAAAAGUUGUACUCCAAACCGAAGAAAAAAAAAAAAAAAAAGCGCGCAGUAAAUUCAACUAUUUUUAGCGGAUUACUGUAAUGAAAUGUGUACAGCAGCCAGAAACUAACAACCUGUCGCAGUGGCUGGCAAAAAGCGUUAACAAUAAAUAAGCGAAACAAUACCACCAACAGCAGCAGCAGCAGCAGCAGCAGCAGCAGCAGCGGCAACACCAGUUCAACUGUAUAACAAUGAGGAGAGAAGGCAUCGCAGAGAAUUGCUAGACGGGUCCAUUAGCAGUCAAUCAGCGGAAGAGGAGCGCCACAAGGAGAUUUCCGAAGCAACAGACGGGGACGGGACAGCAGCGGCAUGCACGAAAGACAAGUGAAGAAGUUGAAGGGCAGCCAUUAUGUGGCCACGCACGGCCGCCUCACGCCGGAUCCGCCCUACGUGCACUCUAAUCGGGGCUACUCCACCGAUGGCGACGAGACCCAUUCGCAUCGCGCCCCCUCCGAGCGCACCUACUCCGAGUACACGCUGACCCACGAGCGCAUCUCGCCGCAGUCGCACCACUACAAUCCAUCGCGCAAGAAGCGCUCCUCCUCAGCGGGCAAGGGCAAUGGCCACCACCAGCACCUCCAGAGCAGCUACAGCCACAGUCAGAUGGGGCUCUCCAGUUCACCGGACAACGGGGGUCCCCGUUCGCUCAGCGGGCCACCGCCCACGCGCCAACCGCCCCGGGCCCCAUCCGCGCUUAGCUACGACCAGGCCGGGGAUGCCGGCAGCGACAUUUAUGUGACCAGUGCCGCCUAUAAGGCGCCCUCUGAGAUCAGUCGCUACAGCCAACGACCGGUGUCGCGUGGAGCUCCUCGGAGUGUCUAUUCCGUGGCCAGCACAGCCAAGACGGGGCGCAGUGCCCGCUCCACGACCAGGCGCGGUGCCAAGAUCGAGACGAUGUCCGCUCCGAAUCCCUUCUGCCCGAACGUCAAGGGCGUCUGCUGUCUGAUGCUGCUCCUUAACCUCGGCCUGAUCCUGGUCACGCUGGGCUUCGUCAUUGUGGUGCAGUUCUAUGAGCCAGUGUACGUGUGGAUCCUGGGCAUUGUGUUCCUGAUCUUCGGCUUCCUCACUCUGAUCGGAUGCAUGAUCUACUGCGUGUAUGUGUUCCGGGAUGCCAAGACACCGUCCCAGGUGCGUAACGAGGAUCUCUACUGGACGCGACACUGGCAGAAGAACAUCGGAUACACGCCACAGGAGAUCAACUACAAGGCGGACAAGUACGAUGCCUACUCCGAUCGCUAUUCAGUGAGCAAGCUGAGUGGCAAGUACUCGGAUCGCGAGAGCCAGCGCUACUGAUCCUUUGUUAUUUAUGGGAAAUGCGGAGUGGAAUCUCUAUCUGGCGGAAUAUCCAUAGGAGCGUAUAAAAAACUUAUAUCUUAACUAAUUGUAAGACGACGUACUAGUUCUAAACGGUUAUUAACAAGGCCCUCCAACGUACCUGCUGCAAGUUGCUUGCUAGUUUGUAUGUUUCAAGAGAGAAACGGGACGGAAACGAGAGGAUACAUGAGAGUAUUGUAAUCUGCCAUAUUUGAAAAGGUUUACCGCUCGUCCGGCUAAUCAACGAAAGAGUUUUAUGCUAAAAUUGUAACUGCAAAUGCUUUGUAACACACGAGAAAUAAACAAAUGAAUAAUACGUAAUACAAAAAA